AUGAGCGGGAGUACGAGUAGCGAGGCCGACCUACUGGAGACCUAUCAGAAGUUGGUCUGGCAGGCUCAGCAGCAGCCUGAGUUGCUUCGCAUGGGAGGGGUGAAUUUCAUCUGGCUCUGCGAGCAGCGAUGGCAGCAGCUGGAGCAACUGCGUCACCCCCAGGCGGAGGUGUGCAUGUUCGCAACGCUGGAAGAGGGGCGUGUGUGGCUGCAAGAGAUCGGACAGCGGCUCGAGGAGGCCCAUAUGGCCUCUUUGUAA